AUGAAAAGUAUUACACCUGCAACUUUCAUACCCUUUCUAUUACUUGUUACCUUUUGCAUUUAUUUACUGUUUAUAUGGAGAUCUUCUUUCCCUCCUCCAUCAUCUAAGCAACAACAACAACAACAGCAGCAAUUACCUAACACAUCACGAUUAGCCAGUAACAGUCGUCGUCACAGAAUUACUUCUGUCUUGGCCCAUAUCCGUACAAGUUAUGUAACCAAUCGCACACCAGACAUAUCUACACCACCACUUCUCAUAUUAUACAGCUGUAAACCAAAUCAGCAAUGUGGAACGUUAGCCGAGCGAAUGCUUGACAUUACUCAUGCCUACUACAAUACUAUGCUCCAUCCGAAAGAUGCUGCAUUUGCUUACGACAUGAUCUACCCUGUUCAAUUCGAAUGGUUUCUGGAACCCUCACCUGGCUAUAUGGCUAUGCGAACAUGGCAAGCACAGUACUAUCUGAAUCGAACUGAACAUCAAGAUGUGACUUAUAUACCCAUCAUCAACGAGGCCAGUCUAGCAGACGUUCCUCAACGCAUCAUAGGCACCACCGUAUGGCAAGAACGAACCAACUGGAACAAAACAGCGGCCGGUAAAGCAGGACAGUACGGCCUAAGUCGACUUGCGAUGAAAUCCGACUGGUUUUUGAUCGUCAGUCGUCUCUUAUUCUAUCGGCCGACAGAUUGGCUUUCACAGCAAUUGGAACCUUAUCGAGAGUUAAUGGGUGGACAGGUCAGGUUGGGCGAAGGCUUGAAUAUGCUUGAUCCCCAUAAUGCGAUAUUACCCCCAUCCCACCCAUCCUGGUUUCGGGUGGGCGUGCGCGUGACGGACAUGGGAGAUGUGGAUCGAACAGCUGCUCAGGUCCAACAAGUAUGCGUGGGAAAUUGCCACGUCUUUAUCUCUGCAACCUCACCAGGGGCUCUUGCUCGAAUGCGUCAAAGGCUGUUAGGGGUUUGUUCAGUACAUGCUGUAGCUGAGGGGCACUCCUUUGAGGAUUUGGAUACACCGCCCAAGACGUGGAGGAUGUUUCAAUCGGAUGAAGAGCAGCUCAAGAAACAGUAUGCACGCGUGUUUAUGGAUUGGAUGAUCUUGACGCGUAUGGAUUAUUUGAUCGGUCGAGAAGAUGAUCAGCUAUUGAAAGUAGCAGCUUGGUCAGCACAAGUACAAACGGAUGUCAUGAGGCGAGACGGUUCAUUUAUAUCUUUUACAGAUUGGUAA